UGUGGCCGCACGGAAUGGAGGAGAGAAUGAGCCUCACUCGGGUCAAACUUCCCCUUAUCCCCACUUCUACCAGCUACGUGCCGUUGUUUCUCCCACAGGCAGACACAGACAGUCGAAUGUCGUGCAUCGUGACGCGAAUGUGUGAAAUCGAGUACGAACGCCGCGUAGAGAAGUGUGUAACAUUUUUAAUUUUUAUGCAUCAGUAUUCAUGGACUGGGCCUUGAUAACUGGAUUUCAUCUGGUGUUAUCGAAUAGCAGUCGAAUCUACAGUAUUAUGCUUGGAGUUGUGUCGUAAAUUAUCCUUUAUGUUUACCCUCAAAUGCUGGGAUUCACUUCCUACAGGGACUGGACGGGUGCAGGUGUGGUUGGCGGUAGUCAGCAGCAACCACAACAACAUCACCUAGGUGGCGCUGGCCUCGGCGUCCCGCAGCAGCAGUUGUCAGUUGUGACUACUGUCUGGGGAGUGACUACGUCUACGCAAUCAGGUCCCGGAGCGCCCGGAGGAGGCGGAUACCCUUUGCAAGUGGUCCCAGGUCAACAGUCUCAGCAAGUUGGAGGUUACGGAGUUGGGCCGAGUACGGCCUCAGGAAAGGUGCCGCCUCAAGCAGCCGCCAAUGCCGCUGGUACGGCAGCAUACCAUCAGCAUGGGCCGCCGCCGCCAGUCGGUUACAGGCAGAACGUGCCUCCUGGGUAA